UAACAACACAUGCCUGAGGGGGGACUUUAGCAUAAUCUCUUAGCGCCACUCCUCCCGGGACCGUCCAAUGGGCUGGCCCCCGCUGCUUUGUGUACCUACGCCUGAGUGGACUUCAAUGAUUGGAUGGAGUCGUUGGACUCUUGACUUGCUCGGAGAUGUCAGCGCACGCCCGCCAGUUGCUGAUGCUGAAGUGCUGACUGCCAUCUUCCCACUUCAAGUAUUACAACUCCGCAUAGAAGUGUUCCUGGAUUAGGGCAGACUUGCCACAAAGCGCCCACGCCACUCCAGCUGCUCUACCAAACAACACUUGAAGGAGGGUGUGACGUGACGUGACGGGGGGGGGUCAACACACCCGGGCUAACGCCACCUCGGAGGCCAGGGACCGGUCCAUCGGAGAGAGGCGGCACCAGUCGGGCGGGGGAUCUUUGGUCCGCAAGGAUGGAGGAGAAGCAGAUUGCCGGCGUUCUGAACGGAGCGGUUCCAGGCGAGUCGGUGAAGAAGGACGAGAACUCCCGGAGAGGAAACUGGGGCAACCAGAUCGAGUUUGUCCUCACCAGUGUGGGCUACGCUGUGGGCCUGGGCAACGUCUGGAGGUUCCCUUACCUCUGCUACAGAAAUGGAGGAGGUGCCUUUAUGCUCCCGUAUUUCAUCAUGUUGGUCUUCUGCGGCAUUCCACUCUUCUUCCUGGAGUUGUCCUUUGGACAGUUCGCCAGCCAGGGCUGCCUGGGGGUCUGGAAGAUCAGUCCCAUGUUCAAAGGUGUGGGCUACGGCAUGAUGGUGGUGUCCACCUACAUCGGGAUCUACUACAACGUGGUCAUUUGCAUCGCCUUCUACUACUUCUUCACCUCCAUGACCAGCCUGCUGCCGUGGACGUACUGCAACAACCCCUGGAACACGCCCGACUGCAGCGGCGUGGUCAACCAGCUGAACGGCACGCUGGCCAACGUCACCCGCCGCGCCGCCGCCGAGGUCGGCGAGGUGGUGAACCGCACCAAGCGGACCAGCCCCAGCGAGGAAUACUGGAAACAUUACGUGUUGGACAUCUCUGACGACAUCGGCAACUUUGGGGAAGUGCGCCUCCCCAUCCUGGGCUGCCUGGCCGUGUCCUGGGUGGUGGUCUUCCUCUGCCUCAUCCGGGGCGUCAAGUCCUCUGGAAAGGUGGUCUACUUCACCGCCACUUUCCCCUACGUGGUUUUGACCAUCCUGUUCAUCCGCGGCAUCACCUUGGACGGCGCCAUCAACGGCAUCAAGUACUACCUGACUCCGCAGUGGCAGAAGGUCCUUGAUGCCAAGGUGUGGGGCGAUGCUGCCUCACAGAUUUUCUACUCCCUGGGAUGUGCUUGGGGCGGCCUCAUCACCAUGGCUUCCUACAACAAGUUCCACAACAAUUGUUUCAGAGACAGCAUCAUCAUCAGCAUCACCAACUGUGCCACCAGCGUCUACGCCGGCUUUGUCAUCUUCUCCAUCCUGGGCUUCAUGGCGCACCACCUCAACGUGCCCGUGUCAGAGGUCGCCGACCACGGCCCGGGGCUGGCCUUCGUGGCGUACCCGGAGGCACUUACCCUGCUCCCCAUUUCCCCGCUCUGGUCGCUGCUCUUCUUCUUCAUGCUCAUCCUCCUGGGGCUGGGGACUCAGUUCUGUUUACUGGAGACGCUGGUGACGGCCAUUGUUGACGAGAUCGGCACCGACUGGAUCAUGAGAAAUAAGUCCAUAGUUACGCUGGGUGUGGCUAUUGUCGGCUUCCUCCUGGGAGUGCCGCUAACAACGCAGGCGGGAAUCUACUGGCUGCUGCUGAUGGACAACUACGCUGCCAGCUUCUCCCUGGUCAUCAUCUCCUGCAUCAUGUGUGUGUGCGUCAUGUAUGUUUACGGUCACCAAAACUACUUCAAAGAUGUUGAGAUGAUGCUGGGCUUUCCUCCCCCGCUCUUCUUCAAAGUCUGCUGGAGGUUCAUCUCCCCCGUCAUUAUCUCAUUCAUCCUGAUCUUCACCGUCAUCCAGUACAAGCCCAUCACUUACAACGACUAUGUGUUCCCCGGCUGGUCCCUGGCCAUCGGCUUCUCCAUGGCUCUGUCCUCGGUGGUCUGCAUACCCGUCUACGCCCUCUACAAGAUCUCCAGGUCCCCGGGAGCCACGUUCAGAGAGCGGUUGAAGCACGCGUGCCAGCCACACCCAAAGUGGGGCCCGGCCCUGCGGGAGCACCGCACCGGCCGCUACGCCCCGCCGGCCCCCGGAGACACUGUGGAGGCUCGUCCCCUCAAGGAGAAGGACGAGCUGAAAGAGGAGGAGGGGGAGACGGAGAGGAAGGACGACAUCAGCCUCACCAUCCAGGGAAGCAACGGCUCCACCAACACGCACAACAACCCCAACCCCAGCGCGUAGACGCCGGCGCGCCGCCCCCUGCUACCGGUCGCCGUGCCGCCCCCCUCGCCCCCUUGCCCCGCCUUCGGUCCUCGCCCCGCUUUCCCACAGUCCUCUGUGGGGGAGAUCCCUUUUUUUUGCUGGAGACCUUUACAUAUUGUAAGGGCUUAUUAUAUCAAUCCUAACCUCUGCUGUCUAGCUGUGAUAUCUAUAGGCACAACAACAACAAAAAACAGGGCACAUAAAAAAAAAAAGAAAAAAAAAAAAAAAAAAAGAAACAAUUGGGUCAUGGUCCAAAUGAUUUGUUUGCGUGUGUGAGUGGGGACUUUUUAAUUUGUCGCACGUCAUUUAAUAAUGUUCUUCCUGUCUCAUCUUCAUGUGAUAGAUCGUCACGCCGUCUCUCCCGACAUCUUCAAACCAUUUAGUGGGAAAAUAGUCGUAAUUCCACAGCCAAAAAUGGAAUAAAUUCAUUUUUUUCCGUCAAAAUUCUACACACAAUACCCCGCGUUGACGUGAAAAUGAGUUUUUUGUUUGUUUUUUGCAAAUGUAUUAAAAUAAAAAAAAACACUUAUACCUACUGUAAGUAUCGCAGUCUUUGCUCAAUGUAAAGGGAAGCAAUUUUUUCCGUAAAAAAACAACAACAACACUCUCCCUAACCACCUGAGGGCACCACAGACUGUGGAUGCUUUUAAAAAAAAGGCUUAAAAACCCUUCUUUUUAAAAAAAGCCUCUCAGAUCAUGAGCAAACACAAUUCUCCGGUUCGAUUGGGUGCGAAUAUUCGGAGGAAACCGGCCCCGGUGCCAUCCCCUACAGUGAUGCAUGGUGGUGGCGGCAUCAUGAAGCGGGGGAUGGUUUUUCAGCGGGAGAGAGGGGAAGAUGAAUGCGGAGACAUCCGCCGUGAAAAACAACACGUCUCAUCCAAACGGAAAUCUCCCAAUUAUAAAUAGUAACAAUAAAAUCAAAUCCCCUGAAAAACAGGCUUGUCGGGAUGAAAUAGCCUAUGUGCCCCCCCCCCCCCCCCCCCACCCUCUGAAAAACACACCUGUUACGCAGGUUUCCCUGCUCUUUAGGGGUAUUUUAUAAAUAAUAACAAUAAAAUCAAAUCCCCUGAAGAGCAGGGACACCUGUGAAACAGGCUUGUCGGGAUGAAAUAGCCUAUGUGCCCCCCCCCCCCCCCCCCCUCUGAAAAACACACCUGUUUCGCGGGUUUCCCUGCUCUUUAGGGGUAUUUUAUAAAUAAUAACAAUAAAAAUCAAAUCCCCCGAAAAACAUGUACACCUGCGAAACAGGCUAGUUGAGAUGAAAUAGCCUCUGUGGGUUUUUCCCCUUGAAAAACACACCUGUUUUGCAGGUUUCCCUGCUCUUCAAUGGGAUUUUAUAAAUAACAACAAUAAAAUAAAAUCUCCUGAAGAGCAGGGAAACCUGCAAAACAGGCUUGUUGGGAUGAUCUGUGUUUAUUGUCCCUGAAAGACACACCUGUUUUGCAGGUUUCCCUGAUCUUCAUGGGGAUUUUACAAAUAAUAACAAUAAAUACAAAUUCCCUGAAGAGCAUGUACACCUGCGAAACAGGCUUGUUGGGAUGAAAUAGCCUCUGUGGGGUUUUCCCCUUGAAAGGUUUCCCUGCUCUUCAAUGGGAUUUUAUAAAUAUUAACAAUAAAAUCAAAUCCCCUGAAAAGCAGGGGAUUUGAAACAGGCUUGUUGGGAAACAGGCUUGUCGGGAUUAUCUGUGUUUUUCCUCCCUGAAAAACACACCUGAUUCGCAGGUUUCCCUGCUCUUCAUGGGGAUUCUAUAAAUAAUAACAAUAAAAUCAAAUUCCCUGAAGAGCACGUACACCUGCGAAACAAACAGGCUUGUUGGGAUGAAAUAGCCUCUGUGAGUCCCCCCCCCUGAAAAAACACACCUGUUUUGCAGGUUUCCCUGCUCUUCAAUGGGAUUUUAUAAAUAGUAACAAUAAAAUCAAAUCCCCUGAAGAGCAGUAGAUUUGAAACAGGCUUGCCGGGAUUAUCUGUGUUUUUCCUACCUGAAAAACACACCUGAUUCGCAGGUUUCCCUGCUCUUCAUGGGGAUUCUAUAAAUAAUAACAAUAAAAUCAAAUCCCCCGAAGAGCAGGGAAACUUGCAAAACAGGCUUGUCUUGUUUUGUUUUUUUACAUUUCUAAUAUAUUUUCCACAAAAAAUUACACAACAUUUUUUUUCACAUUGCCAAUGUAGGGUGUUGUGUGUAGAAUUUUGAGGACAAAAAAAGUGCUUAUAUACAUUUGACAGUACAGUGUUUGUUUUCUCCUACGUUCCUUCUUCAAACUAAACACGGAAGCUGUUUGACUGUGAAAAGUGUCGUCUUUUAACCAGUAAAAAGCUGCUGCUUUGUAAUCACUUUAUCACACACGUGGAAUAAAAAGAACAACAACAACAAAAAAACAAACUGCCCAUUUCUCAGGGUCCUCGCAUUGCGUGAAACGUCGUUUUUUGCCUCAUCCUGACCCGAUAAGUCCGAAAAGAGAUGAUACGGUAUUACCGAAAAAAUUCUGGACUAUAAGCCGCUACUUUUUUCUUACUCUAAUUAAUGUUUUUUUCUUCGCUGACGGCCAUAAAGCAAAUAAUUUUCCAACAAAACACAUGCAAAGACACUUAAACGGUGUAUUAUUGUCAACCGGGAGCCAUCCAUAACGUUUUUACUCUUCGUUUGUCACUGCGAGCCACGUUUGUACGUUUUUACAAUAUAACUAAAACAAUCCCGUCCUAUUUUGAUCGUAAUGUAAUCGAGCUAGCCUCGUUAGCUAAUUUGCCAACACGUUUACAAGUUAGCAUUGUUAAGUUACGACGGCAUUAUUUUUUAAACGCUUCUGAAAAAAACCCAGAGACGAUUUCAUCCCUACAAGCCUGUUACACAGGUUUCCCUGCUCUUCAGGGGAUUUUAUUUUCAGGAAAAAACACAGAGGAUAUUUCAUCCUGACAGGCCUGUUUCGCAGGUUUCCCUGCUUUUCAGGGGGAUUUUUUAAAAUAAAUAAUAACAAUGAAAUCAAAUCCCCUGUAGAGCAGGGACACCUGCGAAACAGGCUUGUCAGGAUGAAAUAGCCUCUGUGUUUUUUCCUCCUGAAAAACACACCUGUUUCGCAGGUUUCCCUGCUCUUCAUGGGGAUUUUACAAAUAAUAACAUUACAAUCAAAUCCCCUGAAGAGCAGGGACACCUACAAAACAGGCUUGUAGGGAUGAAAUAGCCGCUGUGUUUUUUUCCUGAAAAUAAAACACACCGGUUUCGCAGGUUUCCCUGCUCUUCAUGGGGAUUUUACAAAUAACAAUAAAAUCAAAUCCCCUGAAGAGCAGGGAAACCUGCGAAACAGGCUUGUCAGGAUGAAAUAGCCACUGUGUUUUUUUUCUGCUGAAAAACACACCCGUUUCACAGGUUUCCCAGCUCUUUAGGGGUAUUUUAUAAAUAACAAUAAAAUCAAAUCCCCUGAAGAGCAGGGGAACCUGAGAAACAGGCUUGUCGGGAUGAAAUGGCCUCUGUGUUUUUUUCCUGAAAAUAAAACACACCGGUUUCGCAGGUUUCCCUGCUCUUCAUGGGGAUUUUACAAAUAAUAACAAUAAAAUCAAAUCCCCUGAAGAGCAGGGAAACCUGCGAAACAGGCUUGUCAGGAUGAAAUAGCCUCUGUGUUCCCCCCCCUGAAAAACACACCUGUUUCACAGGUUUCCCUGCUCUUUAUGGGGAUUUUACAAAUAAUGACAAUAAAAUCAAAUCCCCUGAAGAGCAGGGACACCUACGAAACAGGAUUGUCGGGAUGAAAUAGCCUAUAUGUUUCCCCCCCUGAAAAACACACCUGUUUCGCAGGUUUCCCUGCUCUUCAAUGGGAUUUUAGAAAUAAUAACAACAAUAACAACAAAUCCCCUGCUCUUCAGGGGAUUUGAAACAGGCUCGUCGGGAUUAUAUAUAUAUUUUUUUUAAUCAAUGUUUUUUUUAUCAAUUAAGAAUCUUUACAAGUAAUCAUUAAAAAAAACGAAGAUUUUUUUAACCUCUCCAUUUCUAGCUAAUAAGCUAAUGCUAGCAGGGAAGACCGGAUGUAUUGUUUCAGUUCCACAAAUUCCUAAGUGAAUUCGCCAAAACGUCACCCCGGAGUUAUUGUGUCAGUUAAUCGGAUUGGAGAGCUAGCUUCCGCAGCUAAUGGGUCCAUGCUAAUGACUUCUGUUUUGUUUGAUUGGCCGUUUUACUGCCUUGUCACAGGCACCGUUUGGAAACAAGUAAGGUAUGUAAAUAAACGUUUACAUAAUCUUUCUGUGUAAAUAACUUAUGGUCUGGUGCGACUAAUAUAUGGGGAAAAAAAAUGUAAUUUUUUUUUGUGGGUGUGCUCUAUAGUCCGGAAAAUACGAUGUCUGCUCGCACCGCAUCUGGUCCUGAAUCGCCCCACCCCUGAAUGCUUCAGUCACACGCGGGGUUUCUCCCAGGAAUGAGAUCAAAAACCCAACCUUACCUAACGUAAAUGUGAAUUAGAAGUUGUUUCUCCAUUCCUUUUGAGUGCACUUUGGUCGAAUGUUGAAGUGGGGGAUUGUGUCAAGCCAGAGCCUGUUUCUGUUACACAGUAAAUACUAUCGUGAGUGUGAAAUGUAGUCGUGCGCUUUUGUGGUAGCAGCCUCCGGUUUACCUCGCACUCUUGUCCCGUAGGCUAGGCGAUACUCAUUAGGGCGUCCAAGCUGCUGCUCCUCACAAUUUGGUGGAUUUUUGAAGGGUAAAUGCGUUUAAAAUAGGCGUCAUCGCGAUUGCAACGAGAUACGUCGGUGUUGACCGUCUUGGCAUUAAAACAAUGGAAUGAUAAAGUGCAGUGUUUACCUUGGAGAGUGCACUGUCACGGUGUUUCCUUCCGUCAAACACACCAUCGGCGGCUUUCCCCAUGCUCUCAUGGGGGGAAAAAAACGUCGGCCGUUUGGAUAUUGUUUUAAACAUCCUUAUACCCGUUCUGACUCGGUGUCAACACAACGAUACGCUAAAGGCGCUUCACUCAAAUUGUUCGGACGAUUUAUUUCUUUAAUUCGAUCGAGGUCUUUGGGCGCCACACCAUUCGAUUCUCGGGGGUAAGAAUGGAUUCUCGAUUCAAAAUCAAUGCUUUUCGGUGCCGGUUGUAUGUUGAACUACAUUAUUUUUUUUUUAAAUAGAUAAAAAGCUCUGAUAAAUUUACUUUUUUUUAAAAACUUGGUUUUAUUUAAUAAAAUCCUAACCAAAUAUUUAAUAAAAUACAAAUAAGGCAACAAAAAAGUAUCCCCACACUUCUGUAUACACACACACACACAUACAUAAACAAAUAGAUACAUAUUAUUUCAUCCCUACAAGCCUGUUACGUAGGUUUCCCUGCUCUUCAGGGGAUUUUAUUUUUAGGGAAGAAAACACAGAGGCUAUUUCAUCCCGACAAGCCUGUUUAGCAGGUUUCCCUGCUUUUCAGGGGGAUUUCUUUUUAUAAAUAAUAACAAUAAAAUCAAAUCCCCCUGAAGAGCAGGGACGCCUGUGAAACAGGCUUGUCAGGAUGAAAUUGUCUCUGUGUUUUCUUCCCUGAAAAUAGUGUUUUUUCCUCCUGAAAAACACACCUGUUUCGCAGGUUUCCCGGCUUUUUGGGGAUAUUUUAUGAAUAAUAACAAUAAAAUCAAAUCCCCUGAAGAGAAGGGAUACCUACAAAAAAGGUUUGUUGGGAUGAAAUAGCCUCUGUGUUGUUUUUUUUCAUGAAAAACACACCUGUUUCGCAGGUUUCCCUGCUCUUCAUGGGGAUUUUACAAAUAAUAACAAUAAAAUCAAAACCCCUGAAGAGCAGGGAAACCUGUGAAACAGGCUUGUUGAGAUGAAAUAGCCUCUGUGUUUCCCCCCUGAAAAACACACCUGUUUCGCAGGUUUCCCUGCUCUUCAUGGGGAUUUUACAAAUAAUAACAAAAAAAUCAAAACCCCUGAAGAGCAGGGAAACCUGUGAAACAGGCUUAUUGGGAUGAAAUAGCCUCUGUGUCCACCCACCCCCGAAAAACACACCUGUUUCGCAUGUUUCCCUGCUCUUCAGGGGGAUUUUAUGACUAAUAAUGAAAUCAAAUCCCCUGAAGAGCAGGGAAAACUGAGAAACAGGCUUGUUGGGAUGAAAUAGCCUCUGUGUUUCCCCCCCUGAAAAACACACCUUUUUCACAGGUUUCCCUGCUCUUUAUGUUUUUUUGUUUUUUUUUACAAAUAAUAACCAUAAAAUCAAAUCCCCUGAAGAGCAGGGACACCUACGAAACAGGCUUGUCGGGAUGAAAUAGCCUCUGUGUUUGUUUGUUUUUCCUGAAAAACACACCUGUUUUGCAGGUUUCCCUGCUCUUCGUGGGGAUUUUACAAAUUAUAACAAUCAAAUCAAAUCUCCCGAAGAGCAGGGACACCUACGAAACAGGCUUGUUGGGAUGAAAUAGCCUCCGUGUUUGUUUAUUUUUCCUGAAAAACACACCUGUUUUGCAGGUUUCCCUGCUCUUCGUGGGGAUUUUACAAAUUAUAACAAUCAAAUCAAAUCUCCCGAAGAGCAGGAACACCUACGAAACAGGAUUGUCGGGAUGAAAUAGCAUAUAUGUUUUUCCCCCCUGAAAAACACACCUUUUUUGCAGGUUUCCUUGCUCUUUAGGGGUAUUUUAUAAAUAAUAACAAUAAAAUCAAAUCCCUCUUCAGGGGAUUUGAAACAGGCUUUUCGGGAAACAGACUUGUCGGGAUUAUUUAAUAAAUAUAUUUUUUUUAAUCAAUGUUUUUUUUAUCAAUUAAGAAUCUUUACAAGUAAUCAUUCAAAAAACAAUUAUUUUUUUCAACCUCUCCAUUUUUAGCUAUAAGCUAAUGCUAGCAGGGAAGAUUGGAUGUUUUUUUUGUGGAAUGGUACGAGGGUUCACUGUGACAUUUGCUACGCUAACUCCAAGCGUGAAACUGCUCUUAUCUCAAAAAACAAGCUGGGGGCACUCUUAAGUGCUAUUUUAAGAACAAAUAACAUAACUCGUGUAAUUCUUCGUCAAUUUUCACGCAGUUGACUUUGUCAACGUAAAAAAAAUGGGAGGAGCUAAAAGAGCCAGAUGAGGCGUUCAGGAACUGUCCGAGCACUCGGACCUAGGAGACGUUGGGCCUGGGAACGCCUCAGGAUCUCUCAGUUUAUACCCGGAAUCGACACUUUUGACGUAUCUCGUUAAAAUCUGCGAUCGUGCUCAGCUUCAAACCCUCCAAAUAUGCAAACGUUGCCAAGUUUUCAUCAACAUGUGACAGUUUUUGUUGGUCUAAAAACAUCAGCACCGUUCAAAGAAGAGGAAUAAAUCAUCCCCAGUCAAUAAUUGCAAGCACAGUUUGGCCUGCAGUUGCGCCUGUCCGCCACAAGAUGGGGCCAUUGGACACUCAGGGUUGUAGAGGCACAACAUCACUAUGUAACAGUCACAACAUGCUUCUUACACUUAAACAACUAUUUUUCUUUUAGUGGGUCUUCCUAUCGCCAAACCAGGUCGUUUUUUUAGUCUUUUUAGGUCACCAGUGGCUGAAAGUGUGUUAAUAAGUAAUAAACUAGCUCUGUAUAUCCCA